AUGAGCACCAGGCGGAUGCAGGCGUUUGCUGCUCUGCUGGUGGUAGGCUUCGUCACAACGAUCGCCAUAUUCAUGUUUGCGCACAACUACUUGGGCCUCAGCAUGCACCAGGUCUAUGUGAUCGGACAGCGGAACAGCACCAACCGGCGAUGGAUGAUGGCGCGGCAGAUGGAGUUCCAGGGGAUCCCGUUUGCAUUCGCGCGGCCCGUGACUGCCGCAGACAUCGACCACCCAGAAAAGUACAUGCGCUGGGUGGGCGAAGAGGACUCAGAGGACCUGGCCGCGUACCGGACGCACAUGAACGUGAUCAACGAUGUGCUCGACAAUCUUGUGGACAUGGAGGUGCUGCCCAAGACAUGGGACAUUGUGUAUGUUGGCCACUGUGGGCACGAUAACAAGCGGCCGAACUGCUGCACGUACGCAUAUGCAGUUUCGCAGCAGGGCGCAAGGCGGCUCAAGCGCGCACUGGACAAUAUCUGGCCGAAUCCUAGGGUGCCAUUUGACCAGGAGUUGAUCAAGAUGGUCGAGCCAGAGUACCUCGAGGCGUACAGUUCGCUCUAUGCGCUGCUGGAGCAGCAGCGCUUCAACAAGAUCAACGGCAAAGUGUGAUCGGCG